AUGGUUGUUACUAAAACAGAGACAGUUUUAGAUAAUAUUUUUGAUUUAAAAAAAUCUUAUGAAGAUUUUAAAGAUGACCCAAAUGUUGAAUAUAUAGAAUUUCCCGUACCUGAAAAUUCUUUUAAAGAAAGUGAUGAAGAAAGAACCCAACGUUUGAAAGCUCAAGUCAUGGAUGACAGUAUUGAACCUUUACUGAAUGGUGUUUUUCCAUUAGACUUUAAACCAAAGGUUAUAAUAGAAGAAGUUACUGGAAGACCAAUUAUUAUUGUUGAAGAUAAGGUAAAGAAUGCAAUGAAAAAAUAUUUUUCUAAAAUUAUUGGUGAUAAUUAUGAUGAAAUUAUUGAAUAUUUAAUAGAAGUUGUAUCAAAGAAUGUUGAAGAAAUUUAUGACUAUGAAGAUGUUUUAACAGCUAUAGGUUUUAUCUUUAGGCAAUUUGGUUGUUCUGAAGAAGAAACAAUAAAACACUGUCGUGUAAUUAUGUUCAUGCUUCAUGGUAAAGAAGUUCGUGGAGAAAAUGAGUCUAAUCAAAUUGAAGCUUAUCGUCUUAAUAUGACUGUUGAUAUGUCUACUAAAGCCUUAUCUUCAGAUGUCAAUACUACAAUUUGGAAAAAAUCUAUCAAAGAUAAUAAGUUGAUUGAUUUGUCUAAAUUUAAAAAUACCAAAGUUAAUAAAGAUAUUGAAUUGACUAUUAAGGAAUCUGAGGCAGCAAAAAGUAAAAAAGAAGUUAUCAAAGCUAUGGCAACUCAAAGAAUCAAUCGUAGAGAUGCUAAAGGAAAUCUUUCUGUAGAAAAUGCUUUAGAUAUUAAAAUAGAAGGAAUUGAUAUUUCUUAUGGUACUAAACAUAUUCUUCAUAAUGCUGAUUUAUCUCUUAUUAAUGGUAGAAAAUAUGGUCUUGUUGGAAGAAAUGGUAUUGGUAAGACUACACUUUUAAAAAUGAUAUCUUCUGGUCAAUUGGUGAUACCAUCAAAUAUUACUAUGUUGUCUGUUGAACAAGAAGUUGAAGGUGAUGACACAUUAGUUAUUGAUGCUGUUUUAAAAUCUGACAAAAAACGUCAAGAACUUAUUGAUGAAGAAAAACUUAUUAAUGAUAUUCUUAGUAAUCCAUCAGAAGAUGUAACUGAAGUUGAUAAAGAUAAAUUAUGUGAACGUCUUGUUGCAAUUCAUACAGAAAUGGAUUUAAUUGGUGCUGAUAAAGCUUUAAAGGUAGCUGCAUCAAUACUUUAUGGUCUUGGUUUUAGUCCUGAAGAUCAAAAAAGGACAACAAAAGAAUUUUCUGGUGGUUGGAGAAUGAGAGUAGCCUUAGCUCGUGCUUUAUUUGUUAAACCUCAAUUAUUACUUCUUGACGAACCUACAAACAUGUUGGAUAUGAAAGCUAUAUAUUGGCUUGAGAAUCAUCUUAUUUCAUGGAUUGGAACAAUUUUCAUCGUAUCCCAUGAUCGUAAAUUCUUAAAUUCAGUAUGUACAGAUAUUGUUCAUAUGCAUUCUAGGCGUCUUGAUCAAUAUAGGGGAGAUUAUGAUAUGUUUAAUAAAACAAUGAAAGAUAAAUUAAAACAACAAAAAUCUGAGUAUGAAGCUCAACAACUUUUGAGAAAACAUACUCAAGAAUUUAUUGAUAAAUUUAGGUAUAAUGCUAAAAGAGCUUCCAUGGUACAAUCGAGAAUUAAAAUGCUUGAAAAAUUACCCAUUCUUCAAGAUGUUGAAUUUGAAACUGAUGUCGUCUUUAAAUUUCCAGAAUGUGAACCACUUGGACAACAAGUAUUACAACUUGACGAAGUAUCUUUCCGUUAUACUCCAAAUUCUCCAUUACUUUUUCACAACAUUUGUUGUGGUUCUCAUGCAGAUUCUAGAGUUUGUAUUGUUGGAGAAAAUGGUGCUGGUAAAACAACACUUCUUAAAUUACUUCUUGGAGAACUUACUCCAACAAGUGGUAUACGUCAUGCUAAUAGAAAACUACGUAUAGGAUAUUUUACACAACAUCAUGUUGAUCAAUUAGAAAUGAACAUGUCACCAUUGGCUUUAUUGUUACAACGUUUCCCUAACGCUAGCGUAGAAGAACAUCGUGCAGCAUUAGGAAGAUUUGGUAUUGCUGCUGAUACCGUUUUUCAAAGUAUUCAAACACUUUCAGGAGGUCAAAAAUCUCGUCUUGCAUUUGCUUCACUUGCUCUUGAAAAACCAAAUUACCUUAUACUGGACGAACCUACAAAUCAUUUAGAUGUAGAAACAGUUGAUGCUCUUGGAACUGCUCUUAAUAAAUUUAAUGGAGGAGUUGUUUUAGUAUCUCACGAUGAAAGAUUAAUAGAAUUAGUCUGUAAAGAACUUUGGGUUGUCAAAGAUAAAAGAAUCUUUACUCUUGAAGGUGGUCUUGAAGAAUACAAGAAACACGUUUAUAAGCAACUUGCUCUUUAA